CACGAGGACUUUGAAUGUUAGCUUGUUAGCAGGCUAGCAGCGUUAGCCUGUGUUGAGAGGACGGUGGUGUUCUGUUGGGACUUUUGUGAGGUUUUUGGACAGAAAGGACGAUACGUGGUUCGUGUGGGAACUCUCAGCAUUUUCCAAAGGGUCGUAAAUGAGUGAAGAAGUGUUGAACGGAAAGACAACGUGGAUUGCUGUGAUUGUGAGACUAGCAGAUGAUCGAUCGGAGCUGCAGUGAAGAGGACGGCGGUGUUUGUGGGAGUUGGAGCUGAAGAUCGGAGCAGGAACCAUGUCUUCAGAACCUCAGGAAGGUUCUGUCAGAGAACAACUUUCUGUUGCUGAAGGAACCCUCGUCCAGAACGAGGAGGAGCUCUGUCGUCAGCGCAGACUGCUGGAUAGCAGCUGGAACCCGCAGCUUCAGCUACACAUUGCAGUCCUCCCCCAGCAUUGGAAAACUGAAGAGGAAGAUCUCUGCAACCAGCAGAGGAACUUCAGAGUGGAACAAGAGGAACUAGAACCUCCGCAAAUAAAAGCGGAACUGCAGGAGCCAGAAUCUCCACAGAUUAAAAAGGAACUGCAGAGCUUUAAUGUAACUGAUAGUCGGUAUGAAGAAGGAAAUCAACAUGAAGAAUCAACAUCAACUACAGAUGGAGAGACAGACCCACAGAACAGAGAUCAGAGGAAGAGAAGAGACAGAAGUCAUGUCCAAAGUGUGGACAGCUCUCACAUGUCAGCAGUCCUACCCCAGCAUUGGGUGACUGAUGAGGAUCUCUGCAACCAGCAGAGGAACUUCAGAGUGAAACAUGAAGAACCAGAACCUCUACAGACUAAAGAGGAACUAGAUGAACUCUGUAUCAGUCAGCAUGAAGAUCAGCUUGAUCUGAAGCAGGAGGCUGAUACCUUGAUGGAGAUUCCUACUUAUGAGGAAGAUGAGAACAGUGAAGCAGAUCUAAACAAUCAGCAGAGCUUUAAUGCAACUGAUAGUCAGGAUGAAGAAGGAAACCAACAUGAAGAAUCAACAUCAACUAUAGAUGAAGAGACAGAUCCACAGAACAGAGAUCAGAGGAAGAGAAGAGACAAAAGACAUGUCCAUAGUGUGGACAGCUCUCACAGGUGCAAACGGCAGUGCUUAGAGGCGUUUACGGUGACGGCAAAAGAAACCAUUCUUGAGAAUUUCAAUACGAUUGGCACUCAAGAUGCCCAGGAUGCACAUCUCAUGUCUCUCAUCAGCUGUAAAAAGCCACAACGCAGACGGCCACGAGGUGCUGGGGAAUCACAAGAACGCAAGUGGCAGUACCAUUACAAGGUUAAACUUGGUGAUGAAGAGAAAGUGGUAUGCAGAGAAGCCUUCGCCAGCCUCCAUGGCAUAGGGACAAAGCGUGUCAGGAGAGUUGCAAACCACCAAUCCCAAGGAAUAACUCCAAAAGACAAGCGUGGUACUCAUAAUAACAGACGUUGCAUUUCAGACGAUCUGAAAGGCAAAGUUGAUGAACAUAUUCGGUCAUUCCCAUAUUUUGUAUCACAUUAUGAAUGCCAUGGAACGAAGAGGCGCUAUCUUGCCUCUGAUCUCACAGUUGUAAAAAUGUAUUCUCUGUUCCUACAGUUGUUCUACCCUGAAAAGUAUGCUGACUAUCUCACUGGUAAAGAUGUUAAAAAGAUUGAUUGUGAGGUGAAAUUCUGGUUCUAUUAUGAUUACUUCAAAAUGCAUUUUAAUUACGGGUUUGGGAGACCUCGCAGUGAUGUUUGCUCUGUCUGCAGCGAAUACCAAGCCAAGCUUAAGGUAGAGAAAAAUGCAGCUGUUUGGAAUACCUUGUAAGUCAAACUUGCAUUGCACAAGAAAAGGAAAUGAUCUUUUACAACAAGUUGAAAUCAUUCACUAAACUUGCUGAACGAAAUGACAAAGAGUUGCUUUGCUUUGACUUCAAACAAAAUAUUCCUUUUCCCCAUGUUCCUACUGGUGAUGUCUUUUAUUCAAGAAAGCUUUGGCGCUUUUUUUGGUAUUCAUUCACCAAAAUUAGGCAGAAUGAGGACAUACACAUGGCCAGAAACAGAAGCUCACAGGGGGAUCAAUGAGGUCAUAAGUUGUGUGAAAACAAUGUACCUCCAACUGUAAAGAAACUGGAUUUUUACAGCCACACUAUGGUUCAGUAUUUAGCAUCCCUGGUGGUGAACGGAAGGUUUGAUGAAGUCACUCACCCCUUUCCUAUCAGGGGCCAUAGCUAUUUGCCAUGUGACAGGCAGUUUGGGGUCAUAGAAAAAGUUCGGCGGAGACAUGACACAGUCAAGACAUACCAAAAAUAGGAUGAAAUCAUUAGUAAAAAGUUUUAGGUUAUCUCGAUGAAGGGUAGUGAUAUGUUUGAUUUCAAAUCCCAUCUUGGUCAGUUUUGAAUUCAAUUUUAUUUGUAAAGCCCAAAAUCACAACAGUUGUCUCGAUCAUCUUUGUGCGGAUAGAUGUAAGGUAAAACAUAAAAUCAAAAGGAUAAUGAACACACACAAUUCAAAAAAUUUUUUUUUAACUGAACUUACCAAACUCUGAGAAUCACUUAACAGAUUUAUAUUAAAUGGUGCGGUAGGGAAGCGUGCAUUCUCCAUGCUGCUGUAACCCCCUGCUCUCUGGCAUUGGGGGGGCCCCUGUGGCAGUUCCGUCAGCCCAGCUCCUGCAGUAGCUGACGUGGGUUGCCCGGUGGGCGGAUUUCCUCCAUCUGCUAUCCCGCGUGGGUGUCUGGGGGAACCCAGCUACCAGUUCAAUUCAAUUUUGAUUUAUAUAGCCCAAAUUCACAACAACAGCAGUCUUAGUGGGCUUCGUACCGGUAAUUGUAAGGUUAACAUACUAUCAAAAAGGAUCAUAAAUGCAUGGAAUUCAAUAGGAUAAUACUAAAACUCUAACUAAACAGGCUAAACUAAACUGGCAGCCCUGUUCUUAGACCCCUGUCGCGGUAAGGAAAAACUCCUAAACUGUUAUCCAGAAAGAACGAAGAAACCUCAGGGGUGCCCACAUAUAGGACGGAUCCUCCCUCAGGACAGACAGGCAAUGUACCAUAACCCUUAGAGAGAAUUAGCUUAUGUAACACUACAACAUGUUUAAAAUCCAGCAAAUGAUUUUCAUCCAGAUGAAAUUCGGGGACGGCUGGGGCGCGAUACGAGCCAGAGACAGGUUUCAGUUAAUUAGGAGUCUGGGUCUCCCUGUGCAGGUCCCCAGCCCGGUUAAAAUACAGGGUUGUAUGAGGAAGGGCAUCCAGCGUAAAACUCUCUGCCAAACUAAAUGUCUGGAUCAAUGAAAGCUGAUUCACUGUGGCGACCCCUAACAGGAUGUGCUAAAAGGUCAACAACAAAUUUGUUAAAUAGAAUUAAUAUAAAUUAAAGUCAAAUAGUUUGAAUAGUUGCUUGAAAAAAAUUGGGAAUAAGAAAACUCAUAAUCUGACCCAUGUUGUGUUAUUUCUUUUUAUUAAGAUAUUUUAAAUAGUUAAUAUAAUCCUGUCCUUAUCAGGAUCAGAUUAUUUAUCUAGUAAUACAAUGGAGUGCUUAUUAUCCUCAGAAAAAUAAGAUCCUCAUCCUUCUUGCAGCUGGAGAACAUUAUCAUACAGAUGUUUGUUCCUGCAGCUUUGACUGCUUUUUCCCCUCCUCUCUCUGGAAUGGACGGAUUCUGCUUAAUCCUGUAAUGGACAACCUCCUCUCAGGCUGAUGAAUAAUAAUAGUAAUUAUAAUUAUUGAUACUUUAUUUGUCCCACAAUGGGGAAGUUCUUCUCUGCAUUUAACCCAUCCCCAAGGGCCCUCACUGGGUGAUGUUAAUUGCUUGCAAUUGAUAUGGUAUGGUUCUGUAGGACCUGUUUAAAAAUGGUUGUUGUAAACCACAAACCUGAUAAGAAAGACUUCAGUCUUGAUUUUGAACAUGAAGAACAUCUAAAGAUUGUUAUUGACUGAAAACAAAACAUCUUUAUGUCUCUGCUUUGAUUCUAAACCACAGUUUAUUCAAUAAAGGAGAAACUAUUUCUGUU